AAACUAAAACUAAAACCAAAUACUAAGGUUGUUUUUCACAUAAACACGCCGUUACAGUUAGGUUCUCUCUCAAUCUUCUUCUCCCACCACCACCUUCACUUUAACCCUAAUUACCUUUUUAAUCCUACAUUUUUCUAUUUUGUCUCUCUUCUUUUAUUUUAUUUUAAAUUCCUCUACCCAAAUUCACCACUCUCUCUCAUUACUUUGUAAAUAUAACCCACUCCUUGAAUAACGGCAUAAUUUUCCAAACCCACAAAAACAAAGCAUUGUUUUUGGUUUUUUGUUUUUGUUUUUUUUUUCCGUUUACAUUACAAAAAGAAGUCAAUUUCGAAGUAAUUCUUGAAAUUGUGAGACUUGGGUAUUUGUUCUGAACACAUUUGGUAUCUGGGUUUCGAAAUUCUUGUUAGAUGGUGGUGAAGAUGAUGAGAUGGCGGCCAUGGCCGUUACUGGGUCCAAGAAAAUACCAGGUUAAAUUGGUGGUGAGGAGGAUGGAGGGUUGGGGUCUGGUGAGGGAGAAGAAGAGUGGUGAUGAUUCUGAUGAUAAAGAGAUAAAAAAAGAUAAAUUGACGGUUGAGAUUCGAUGGAAAGGUCCGAGAUUUGCGCUUAGCUCGUUGAGGAGAACAGUGAAGAGAAAUUUCACUAAGGAGGUGGAGGUUGAUUUUUUUGAUGAUGAUGAUGACGACAAAAACGGUGUCGUUGAGUGGGAUGAAGAGUUUCAGAGUCUUUGUACUUUAUCUCCUCAGAAAGAGAAUGUCUUUCAUCCUUGGGAGAUCUCUUUUACAGUCUUUGAUAGUGCAAACCGCGGGCCAAAGAACAAGCUUCCUGCCGUUGGAACAGCUUUGCUGAACCUUGCGGAAUAUGCUUCUUCUGCUGAACAGAAAGAGUUGGAAUUAAGCCUCCCUCUUAUGCUUCCUCCUGGUGCUACCGAGCCUUUUCCUUCGCUCUGCAUUUCACUUAGCUUGUUGGAACUGAGAACUGCCCCAGAAGACCAAGUACAGAGAGCAAUAGUUCCAAUUUCAUCUCCGCCACAAUUAGGAGAAACUGUCUCAACUGAAAAAGACGAGGUUUCUGCGAUUAAAGCUGGUCUUAGAAAGGUCAAGAUUUUCACAGAGUAUGUAUCCACUAGAAGAGCUAAAAAGGCUCGUGAAGAAGAGGGAAGUGAAGGGCAGUGCUAUCGGAGCGAGGAUGGUGAGUAUAACUAUCCAUUCGACUCAGACUCAAUAGAUGAUUUUGAGGAAGGAGAAUCAGAUGAGGUCAAGGAGGAUUCCAGUGUUAGGAAGUCAUUCAGUUAUGGUACACUGGCUUAUGCAAAUUACGCUGGAGGGUCCUUUUACUCAGAUAUGCGAAAAAAUGGUGACCAUGAGGAUUGGGUUUACUAUAGCAAUCGCAAGUCGGAUGUGGGUUGUUCAAACAUUGAUGAACUAAAUCCAACCUCGGAGCCAUCUCUAUUGCAAAGCUCAAAGCGCAGCAUAUUGCCUUGGAGGAAGAGGAAGUUAAGCUUUAGGUCUCCAAAGCCCAAAGGAGAGCCAUUGUUGAAAAAGGCAUAUGGAGAAGAAGGCGGGGAUGAUAUUGAUUAUGAUCGCCGUCAGCUUAGCUCUGAUGAUGCUGCUGCCCUUGGGAGUCAGAAAGCAGAAGGAGAUUCAUCAGCAAACCGAUCAUCAGUUUCUGAUUUUGGAGAUGACAAUUUUGCUGUUGGCAGUUGGGAACAGAAAGAAAUUAUAAGCCGUGAUGGUCACAUGAAACUUCAAACUGAAGUUUUCUUUGCUUCAAUUGAUCAGCGGAGCGAGCAGGCAGCAGGCGAGAGUGCAUGUACAGCUCUCGUUGCUGUCAUUGCUGAUUGGUUUCAGAACAAUCAGGAUGUUAUGCCUAUUAAGUCUCAGUUUGAUAGUCUAAUUAGAGAAGGAUCAUUGGAAUGGAGGAACCUCUGUGAGAAAGAGACCUACAGGGAGCAGUUUCCGGACAAGCACUUUGACCUUGAAACGGUUCUCCAAGCCAAAAUACGUUCUCUCUCUGUUGUUCCCGGCAAGUCUUUUAUUGGGUUUUUCCGUCCUGAUGGACUGGAUGAGGAGAGAUUUGACUUCUUACACGGUGCCAUGUCUUUUGAUAACAUCUGGGAUGAGAUUAGUGGCACCGGAUCAGAACGUCCUGACAAUGACGAACCUCAGGUCUAUAUUGUGAGUUGGAAUGAUCAUUUUUUUAUCCUCAAGGUUGAACCAGAAGCUUACUACAUCAUUGACACAUUAGGGGAACGGCUAUAUGAGGGAUGCAAUCAGGCAUACAUCUUGAAAUUCAAUAGAGAUACAAUCAUUAGCAAAUUAACAAAUGUUGCUCCACCUUCCGAUGACAAGACAUCAAGUGACCAGCCGAUUGUGCCAGUUGCUACGGAUCCCAAGAAUCAGGAGUUGAACCCAAAGGAAGAAACUUCUGUAACAGAGGCUAUGGUGACGAGGCUCGAGGAACCAAUGAAGAGUGACGCCGAAGGGGAGGAGGUUGCCCGAGGAAAAGACUCGUGCAAGGAGUUUAUAAAGAGCUUCUUGGCGGCAAUUCCUAUCCGGGAGUUGCAGGCAGAUAUUAAGAAAGGUCUAAUGGCAUCAACUCCUCUUCAUCACCGUUUGCAGAUUGAGUUCCAUUACACCCAGCUCUUAAAAGCACUGCCUGAAAGUCAUGCAGAAGCGAUGGCCGCACUACCCGAAUCAGUCGAUGUCGCGAUAACAGAGGUUGGUCCCUAGAGAGUUGCUAUAAAUUUUAGGAAGUGUGAUUAGCCUAACUUGUCUUAAUCUUAAUCCAUGGUCUUGAAUAGAACCUAUGUUUAUUUGUCUUAAUGUUGGCACCUUUGUCUGUGUCUGCUUGUCAAUAUUAAUAACUAAUUGUGACUGUUUUGUGCAGCACUAUAAGUUCUCUUCCAA